AUGCCUCCCGGCCCUUCAUUCCCCCCCAUCCUGCGCGCAACCCACCGAGCCAGCGUCAUGAGCACCCAAAUCGCCGUGGCCGCCGCCGUCGCCGGCAUUGGCGUGUAUGCGUGGUAUCUGCGGGGGAAUAACAACAGUAGCAGCGGAAACGCAAGCAAACCCGUGUUUAGCAGCUUCGGCUUCCACACUUUGCGGCUCGACAGCACCGAGCUGGUCAACCACAACACCAAGAAACUGCGCUUUGCCCUGCCUGAUCCCAAGCAGCCAAGUGGGCUCGGCCUCACGUCUGCGCUGCUGACUUUUUCCCGUCCGGCUGGGCGUUGGUUGCCUGUGAUCCGGCCUUAUACCCCGGUUGAUGAUCUCAACGAACCCGGCUACAUAACCCUCCUAGUAAAACACUACCCCUCGGGCGCCCAAUCCACCCACCUGCACUCCCUCCAACCCGGCGACACCCUCACCUUCGCACCCCUCAAAACCUUCACCUGGACCCCCAACCAACACGCCCACGUCGCGCUCAUCGCCGGCGGCGCGGGCAUCACACCCAUGUACCAGCUCGCCCGCGGCAUCCUGACCAACCCGGCCGACCGCACGCGGAUUACGCUGGUCUGGGGGGUGAAUACGGAGGAGGAUGUGUUUUUGAGGGGGGAGUUGGAUGGGUUGGAGCGGGAGUUUGGGGGGAGGGUUAGGGUUGUUUAUGUUGUUGCGAAGCCUGGUUCUGGGGCUGGCGGCUCUGAGGUUGGGGGUGGGAGUGGGAAGAGGGAUAGGAAGGGGUUUGUGACGAGGGAGGUGUUGGAGGGGGUGGGAUUGGGGGCGAAAGAGGAAGAGGAUGUCAAGGUGUUGGUGUGUGGGCCGCCGGCGAUGGAGAAGGCGUUGAAGGGGAAGGGCACGGGGGUGUUGGCGCAGUUGGGGUAUCGACCGGAUCAGGUGCAUAGUUUUUAG